AUGACAUCAAUGAAUUCGGCCCCUUCGAUGGAUGAAAAUUCCUUUGAGAUUGAAAAAAUGGCGCCAUCGACACGCAGCUUUCUAAUUGGGAGAAGAUCGGCAGUAGCCAUGGCAGCAGCGGCGGCUGCUAUCCUUCCUUCGCUUGGAGCCACAGCAAUAAGCAAUUCUGAACCUACAGCAUCUUUGCCACUGGAUGAUUUCGCUCUUGGUGAUGGAAUGUGGAAGCAACUGAAGGAGAGCAAAGAUCUCUCUGUUUCCGCCUUGGAUGAUUUUCUUGUCCCUGCAUACUUUGCUACCUACGCGGCUCGCUUUCUUGUCAAUUAUGACGAAGCAAUUGCUUCAUGGUGGAGGCAGGAAGAAAUUACAUAUUCUCUUCUUGGAGAUGAAAAACGACAGUCAAAGUUGGGAAAGUCCUUUGGCUCAAUGGCAAGAUCGAUCCAGAUUGCGCUGGAUAGUUUCAUACGACAACCAAAGUUCCAAAAUAAUCCCAGCGAAGCAUUCGCAGAGCUAUUGGGAAUGUUCCUCAGCACCUACGGAAGAGACCAAGAAGCCAAGCGACAAAUUGGAUUGCUGUUUUCAAUGCUACCUUCCAAAGAUAUACCCGACAAAGUGGGUCAAUUUGCAAUUACACAACAAACAACCGAUGCAUCCGCAGACAACAAUAUUGCUAAUGACAUGAUGUCGCGAGAUUACAGUGCACUCUUACCCGCUGAAUACCGAGUCGUAAAAGCUAUCGAUGAUUCUCUCUCCAUUCAGCCACCGCUGCGAGUUUAUGCUAUCGGCGAGUCUGGUGAGACUGGCCAGACGGCUACAGGGACCCCUUUUGGUCCCCUAGCGUCCACACCGCUGAUACGCGAAAGGCCCAGUUUCAGUCCCUCCAUUUACGGCUUGUUUGGCAUUAGUGGGGCUACAGGCUGCGCGCUUACACAUUCCGUGGUCAUCCCACUCGACGUUGUAAAAACACGAGCUCAGACCAAUCCCGAUGAGUUUUCCGACCUACUCGCAGGAUCUCAAAAGAUUGUCCAGGAAGAGGGUAUUCAGGGCCUUUUACUUGGAGCCCAAGCAACAUUGGCUGGGUACUUUUGGUAUGGCUUAAGUGUUUACCCAAGCUACACAUUUUUCAAGCGACUCUUCACUCAGACCGUCCUGGCACCCGAAGUCUCUGCGAUUCAUGCAAACGAUAUUUCGUUGGUUGCAGGUGCCUUUGCGGCCGUCAUCGCCAGUAUUGGUUUGACACCGCUCGAAGCAGCAAGGAUUCGUGUGGUUGCCGAUCCAGACACGUACAGACCUUUAGGGUUGUCGGGGACACUCGAUGCCAUUGCAGCAGAGGACAAAGACCUUGGUUGGCAAGCUUUGUACGCGGGGUUUCCUUCUCUGUUAUCCCGGCAAGUAAUCUUUGGGUCCAUCAAAUUCUUGGCUUUUGAACGAACGUCCGAAGCCAUUUUUGCCGCAGCACCCGGUCUGAGGGACGCGACAUGGACUGCUCUGACAGUCAGCCUAGUUGCUGGAGGGUUGUCAGGGGCUGUGUCAUCGAUUGUUUCACAACCAGCUGACUCGUUAUUGACGUUUGUCGCCCAGAACAAUCGUGGUACUUCAAGUAUGGGGCUGAUUGAUGGCUGUCGGGUAAUGAUCAGGGAAGAUGGAGUUGGGUCACUGUUUCGUGGUUUGUCCAGCCGCUGCUUGUGGGCUGGGAGUAUCAUUGCUGGUCAAUUUUUGCUUUACGAUGUGUUCAGAACACUUUUUGGUGUCACAAACGAUGAUCUCUCCCAAGUGUACCAGAUUUCGAUACAAUAA